GGAAUGCCACGUGGCAGUGUUUCACAGCAGCAUAGUUGAAGAAGGAUGUUCUCUCAGGUCUCUGAAGGUUGACGUCCUCAGACACACACACAUACACAUACGAAAAGGGGAAAAAAAGGAUUGCCAAGAGAGAUGCGAUGGUGAAUUUCAGUGUUCGCCGUGCACUGGUUCGAUGGAACAGUUAUCGCAAUUCGAAUAAUGUGAACGGGUACCAGACCCUGCGGCAGACAGGGAAGCUUUUCCAAAAGAGGAAACCACUAGUAGCUGAUGAGGCUCCAGUUUCGUCCUUUGACAGCGAGCCCGAUCUGGAGUGUCAGUCCCAACCUGACGUGGAACUCGAUCAUUCCCAAUCUGAUCUGGAGUUCCGUUCCCAAUGCGGGGGGGUGUUCACUACCAUGCACAAAAAACAUCAUGACGAUGGCUUGUCCGAACAAAUCGAACACCUCCCUUCCCUGUUGAAGAUUGGGAGGACGGAAAAGGCAAGUGGAAAGAAUGGCAAGAAGGGAAAUGACAAUCCUCUGUCCGGGCAUGACCAAGCACCACCGGUGAUGGUGCCGGGUCCUCGUCGCCUUCAAAGAUCACGCAGCUGUUCUAGUAUCUCAUUCACGGCGGUUGGAGGAAGUCCACUCCAUCAUGCAAGCAGCGACAACUUCGGAGAGAUUGCAACGAUCUUCGUCGGCGAGGAGUGGGCUCCUUACACGAUUCGCACAGACUGGCUUCGAGCAGAGGUCUUCAGAGUGCUGAUGAGGGAGACGAAAGUGGUGGUAGGGCAACGGACUGAUAGAAUCAUUCAUGUCGGUUGCGACGAGGUUCUUUUUGAACAUGUUCUGUGGUUGUUGAGCCGGAGCGAUCCCAACCCUUCAUUUUGGGGGAUUGAUCUCGGCAUCAAAACCUUGCAAAAGAUAUACCGUGACAAGAGUGAGAAUGACUGAUUUACACCACAACAAGGAGGGAGAAUGGAUCAUGGGGCCAUAUUGCGCUCCACCAACGAUUGUGUACAUACAUACAGAAGAUUAUAUACCAUCAUCAGGCCAAUGAGGUUUCCUUCUUCAUCGGUGGAGUCGUGAGGAGGUCCAUGUCAACGGCGGCGGCAGCAGCAGCAGCAGCAGCAGCAGUAGGAGGAGCAAUAGCAGUAGCAGAAGCAGCAUCCCACAUAGGGCAUACUCACACUACAGUAGGACCUGUUUACUCAUUUCUGGAUUGAGUUGCGGUCCGAUACAUGCAAGUCGGGCUGUAAUUGAUUUCAGAUGCAUUUACGAUAUCGCUAGCGUGAGUAUGCUCGUAGCCCAUGAUUUGGAUGCAUACCAGAUCAUCUGAGUGUCAGCUUCAUGGGUCCAUGCCAGCAGCGCCAUGCGGCCAUUCUACCACCACCUGGCAACAGAGCCAUGUGGCAGAGGCACCACAUGGUAAAUGCUUUGCAUGGCAGAAGCGCCAGCGUUGCCGAGGCUUAGGUUGAGGGUGCAAAUCCCGUUCGUGAGAUGGCAGAUGCGCCACAUGACAGCAGUGGCGUGUGGAAGAUGCGGAGUGUGACAGGCACGUCAAGUGGCAUGCCGCCUGGCAACUGCGCCACGUGGCAGCCACUCCAUGUAUUAUAUGAUAUGCAUGCAUGUCUCAGUUCAUCUUCAUCACAGUGCCAGCUUCGUGGGUUAUGACUUACAACACUCUUUCCAUACUAUGAUCAGGGGCAAUCACACACCAUUGUAGGAUAUUGUUACAUGUCGGAUGAGGACGGUUGUCGUCAAUGAUGAAGCAUCAUCAACAUCAGGGAUUGGUGGCGGGCUAUACGUGGACGACAGCAUGGGCCUCUUUUGCUAAUUGAUAGCGUCGAGUGUCCUUAUCGCAUCCAUCAGCCAUGGGGGUCCGAUUAUUGGCCUUCUCUUGACGGGGCUGUAUCUCUGACGAUGUCUCGUGGGAUAAUGUCUCCGAUGGUGUCCCAUCGAGAUGCUACCUCGGAGAACGUCGAAUGGCACGUGAAUCAUUAUCUUUACAAGGAUUCAAACACACGAUUGGAUUAUCUAUUGUGGCACGGAUGGAUCGUCUUGUUUCCCUUCCAUGAGAUCAUCAUUCAUUAAAUUCUUUUUCCAUUGCACGUGGCAACAGUAGCAACAGCAGCAGCAGCAGCAGCAGCACCAACAGCAGCAGCAACAGCAGAAGAAGUGACCACAGCUCCUGAAAGACGCGUGAUUUGAAAGGGCAGUGGUUAGUGGGGGCUAACCAGAGUUAGCGGGGGUUAACCAGAGUAAGUGGGGGUUAACCAGAGUUGGUGGGGGCUAACAAGAGUUACCGGGGGUUAACCAGAGUUACUGGAGGCUAACUGGAGGUUAGUGGAGGCUAACUGGACACGAUGCACCCCUCCUUUCCUUUGCCAGAUAUGAAAGCUUGAAAUCCAAACACAAUGGAACAUGAGUGAUAGGUAAAAGCAAGUAGGGAGCUGAGGGGUUGAGGGUCGAAAAAGCUGAGGAGAUCAAAGGAGAUCAGACGGUCGGAAUCGCGGUUCACGAUCUGGGUUCAGGAUCGAAAGAGCCGAGGAGAUCAGUGGGGAUCCGAGGAGAUAAGACGAUCGGGAUAUGGGUUCAGAUGAGACCCACGGAAAUCAGACCAUCGGGAUCUGGGUUCAGGAUUAACAGCGAGAUCCCGCUGGCAAAGAGGAUUGGAGUAAGUGUCUGAAUCUGGACGUGUUUUUGUGGAGAGGUGCAAAAAUUUGUGAUUAAUCUGGUUUUUUUCUGCAUCUGUGUGUGGAAAACGUCCAGAUUCAUACACGUAUCUUCGUAUUCCAAUCCCCUUUGCCAGUGUUAUCUCACCCUAAAAG